AUGUUGAUGUUGCGCAAUUUGAAAUCAAGUCGUCCAUCGACCUUUCAGGUAAUUGCUGUGCUCGCAGUCACCUGCAGCGCGGUAGUAGCAUUCACGAAAUUCGACAAUGCUUUCACUUACACCCAUGAGAGUCUUCGUCUAGCGUUAGGGAUAUUGAUGUGGCUCGCUCUGUUUGUGGGCCUUAUUCGUCCCGACCAUGGAGUCAGAUCCCGAAGUGUUUGGUAUGGUCUUCGCUGGAUUGUUGGAACUGCCAGAGUGAUUUUGAUAUACUACAACAUUUACACUCGGCUACACGCAUACAUGGUGAUGAGAGGAAUGAGGUUGCAGACUCUACAAACAUUAUUUUCGAUCCGGCUUGGUUUUAUUGGUCUCAUGUACCUCCCCCAAGAUCGGCGGAUGCUAUAUUGUAGCAGAAGCCGAAUCUUUGAUGACUGGGACAGGAAUGUACAAUUAUCAAAGCUAUGA